AUGGAUUCAACAUGCGAUUGUACUGCAAUAUCAUCGAAUGGUAAUGUUUGUCUUAAAUAUACUUGUGUGACUCAAAAACGUGAACCAACAUGCUUUCCUAGUCGAAGUACCAUCGUAACUGAAAAUGGUGUAAAGAAAUCUUUAUCUUAUAUAGAUAUUGGAGAACGUGUAUUGGUUAUUAAUAAAGAAAAUAAAUUAAUUUAUGAACCUAUUGAAGAUUUUAUUCAUUUAAAACGAAAUGCAAAUGAUACAGAAUUAAACAAUGUUAUAUUUGCUAGUCGAUUGCAUUCAGAUGAUCAUAUAAAAUAUGUGUAUAAAAAUGAAAUUAUAUUAGAUAAAAUUCGAAAUAUUGAUUUAACAACAGAAGAAGGUUAUUAUGCACCAUUAACACCAUCAGGUACAAUUAUCAUUGAUAAUGUUUUAGUAUCGAAUUUUGCAUCAGUUAAUAAUCAUUAUUUGGCUCAUAAUGUUAUGAAAAUCUAUUGA